CCUGGAAGCUAAGGGGCGGUGCGGCAUAAGAAGUUGUGUGAUGGCUCUUCCAAUCAACCGGCGCCAGGUGCUUGUCCUUUCCGUAUAAUAACGAUAGACAUAAUGUGGGUAAAGAUGCCCGCACCUUCACUGAUCUCCCAGCCCUAGACGGUAUUCUCGCCAUGGCUUCAAUAGGCAUGCCAAGGGAUGCUGCCGUUGUGUUGUCAUUAAUACUGGAAUGUAUUUUGUACGAUGAGUAUUGCAAUAGGUUCCCUUGUCUUAUGCCGGGGCUUGACCAUUCUUCAGGCUUUUCUAUUUUCAUGUUUUUGGGUACAAUCUGUGCUUUGACCUACAACCGCCGCAGCGAUCGCCCAUCACUUGUGGUGGCUGUCCUGCUGUUGAUACUGAGUACCGUGCACGUCGCCGUCAACAUCAUUCAUGCAGAAGAUGGACUGAUGAAGUAUCGCGACACGUUCCUAGGCGGACCCGUGGCUUUCUUCGAAGACUUUUCUCAGAUCACAUAUUUGAUCAAGGACACCUUGUAUGUUAUGCAAACCCUGGUUGCUGAUGGUGUGGUGAUCUACCGCUGUUAUAUUGUGUGGCAGUCUACCCGGGUUAUCAUACUGCCAUGCAUGUUGUGUAGUAGCAUCUUCGUCGUGGAACUCGCGCAGUGGCACAUUUUCGCGAGCGCGAUCUCGAGGGCCUGAAUGUGUCCAGGAUUACUGGCGUAUCGUAUUUGGAUGAUUGAACGCAGUGUCUCUACAGUGCGUGCUACGAAGAGCACUGUGGUGCCAAUAUUGCGCGUGCUUGUGGAUUCCGCUGUUCUAUACUCUGCAGUCCUCUUCCCUGCACUAAUAUAUUUCGUGUUCUCGAACAUCGGAGAGGCUGUGGUGUUGGACAUGGCCAUGCCGAUCAUGUCGAUUGCCUUUUACAUGGUGC